AUGGCGCGCGAGGUGCAGAUGGCGGACGGUGGCGACGACCCCAAGGCGACGCCCGAGGGAGGGGCGGGCGACGGGCGCGAUGCGAAAGGCGAAGGGCAAACCAACGCGCCGCAGACGCCGCAGCAAGUUCUGGCAGAGCUGCAGGCGCAGCGGCCGCUGGUGGAGCGCGCAGUGGUCACGCGCGAGGUGCGCGUGAUGGCGCGCGCCGUGCGUGCCAUGCUGGCGCUGCGCAGGCGGCUGACGGGCGGCGUCGUGCGCGCGUUCGUGCGCGCUAACGUGCACAGCGAGGCGGACGCGCAUUCCACGCUGCUGGCGCUGCUGGCGCAGGUGGACACGGACGAGGACAUGGAAGGGGGGGCGGACGCCCCCUCGCCUGCACCACCUGCAUCCGCGGAAGGCGCGUCCACGUCGGGGGCGGCAGCGGGGGCGGGGGCGGGGGUGGUGCGGGCGACGUGGCUGGCGGAGGUGGAGAUGUUCUCCUUCCUCACCGCGCUCGUGCUGCUCAUCCACCGCAAGGCCUUCCCCCUCGCGUGUGAGUGUGCGUGGGCGGCGGUGCGGCGUCUGCAGCAGCUGAACCGGCGCACGUUGGAUGUGUUGGGGGCGCGCAUCUACUUCUACUUCUCCCUCGCUCACGAGCGCACCACCGCCCUCGCCUCCAUCCGCAGCACACUGCUGGCGGCGUUUCAGACGGCCACGCUGCGCCACGACGAGAUCGGGCAGGAGAUGCUGUUGAACCUGCUGCUGCGCAACUACCUGGCGUACAACCUGUACGACCAGGCUGACAAGCUGCGCUCCAAGGCUCUCCGCCCUGACUCCCACUCCAACCAGCAGUUGUGCAGGCAGCUGUACUACGCGGGGCGCAUAGCGGCGGUGCAGCUGGAGUACAGCGCGGCCAAGGAGUGUCUGCAGCAGGCGGCGCGCAAGGCACCGGCGGCGGCGCUGGGGUUCCGCACGGAGUGCACGCGGUGGCACGUGCUGGUGCGGCUGCUGCUGGGGGAGAUCCCCGAGCGCCACCUCUUUGUGGCGCCCGGCAUGCGCUCCUCAUUGCUGCCCUUCUUCCAACUCACCAAUGCGGUGCGGGUGGGCGACCUGCAGCUGUUCCACUUGGCGGCCACGCAGCACGCGGCGGUGUUUGCAGCGGGGCACAUGCAGAAGCUCAUUGUGCGCCUGCGCCACAACGUCAUCCGCACGGCGCUGCGCCGCAUCUCCCUGGCGUACUCGCGCAUCUCCCUCGCUGACAUCGCCCUCAAGCUCCACCUCCCCCCGCCCACCGCCGUUGCUGACGUCGAGUGCAUCGUGGCUAAGGCGAUUCGGGACGGGGGCAUAGAGGCGGUGAUUGAUCGGCGGCAGGGGUGCAUGGUGAGCAAGGAGGGAGGCGACAUGUACACCACGCUCGACCCGCAGGCCGCCUUCCACACACGCAUUGCCUACUGCCUCAACCUGCACAAUGAAGCAGUCAAGGCCAUGCAAUUUCCUCCCAACACUCGUAAGGGCGAGGUGGAUGCAGAGGAGAAGAGGAGAGAGAGGCAGCUGGCGGAGCAAGAGUUGGCGCAGCACAUUGCCGAGGAGGGAGACGACGACUUCUGA